GCCUUUCUGUUCUCAGGCCCUCCGCGCGCACCGCAACCGUUCCACCUGCGCGCCUUCGCGCUCGCCGCCCACCCCCCCGCGUCCGGUUCUGCGCCGGCGCGGGGCCCGCUAGGACGCGCGGGGGAUUUGUGAGGCGCAUGCGUGGUGCGCGGCCCGCCGCUCCGCUGUCGCUCGGGCACCGCCGUUGCCGCCUCCCUACCGGCAAGUGCGAGAAAGGGGAGCCGAGGGUCGUCGCCGCCGCCGCCACCACCAUGGGGAGAAAGUCGAGCAAGGCCAAAGAGAAGAAGCAGAGGCGACUGGAGGAGAGAGCGGCCAUGGAUGCUGUCUGUGCCAAAGUGGAUGCUGCCAACAGGCUUGGAGACCCUCUGGAGGCCUUCCCAGUCUUCAAGAAGUACGACCGCAAUGGGUUGAAUGUCUCCAUUGAAUGUAAGCGAGUGUCUGGAUUGGAGCCAGCCACUGUGGACUGGGCCUUCGACCUGACUAAAACCAAUAUGCAGACAAUGUAUGAGCAAAGUGAGUGGGGCUGGAAGGACCGAGAAAAACGGGAGGAAAUGACUGAUGACCGAGCCUGGUACCUCAUUGCUUGGGAAAACAGUUCCAUCCCAGUUGCCUUUUCUCACUUCCGGUUUGAUGUGGAGUGCGGGGAUGAAGUCCUUUACUGCUAUGAGGUGCAGUUGGAAAGCAAGGUCCGGCGGAAAGGCCUAGGGAAGUUCCUCAUUCAGAUCCUGCAGCUCAUGGCCAACAGCACACAGAUGAAGAAGGUGAUGCUAACUGUAUUUAAACACAAUCAUGGCGCCUAUCAGUUCUUCCGAGAGGCACUGCAAUUUGAAAUCGAUGACUCUUCCCCCAGCAUGUCUGGCUGCUGUGGGGAGGACUGCUCCUAUGAGAUACUGAGCCGGAGGACCAAGUUUGGGGACAGUCAGCACUCUCACACAGGCGGGCACUGUGGGGGCUGUUGCCACUGAACUCCUAGAACCAUUUGCAAGGGAAGUCACUCUCCUUAGGCCUGUCCUCACCCCUGGUCUUAUGCCACUUGCCAAGUACCCUGGAGCUGUGGGCACCUUAUCUCUGCAUGAGCCAGGUGCACCUUAGAAUACAGAACUUUGGGUAGCAGUACCCCCAGCUGCCUUUCCACCUCCCUCCUGGAGAAGCAGAGGUCCAGGGAGGGACACAGGAGAGAGGGUGCUGUGAGAAGGAUGACAGAUUCUCCACCAAGCCCAUCCUCGCGCAGUGGCUGCCUACUUGUUUAGUUCUUGGGCCCCUAAAAUGGAAGGCUCCCCACUUGUCUGCAGCUGGAUUCCUCACAGUGCCCACACCAUGCCCCAUAUGGACAAAUGGAAUGUUUUUACUCCCCUUUGUGAAAGACCUGGAGUCUGCUGGUCCCCAAAAAGGAUUGGACACAAAACAGUCCUUGGACCAAGUGCUCUCCCAGAGACCAUGUACCCUUGGUGCCAAGAUGCAAGCUUGUGCUUAUGGGGUGGCAUCUCGGGACCAGCCGACUUGAGGAGGGAGACUCUCUCUCCAUCACUGUCAGUAAGGCAGAGGAGACCAGAAGAGCGUCUCUUGUGUGCUUGCCUUAGGGAUGCGGCAUCUCUGGGCCUUUGGACUUUGCUGCAUUUUCAUGACCUUGACUCAGCUUUUUUACUCAAGAAAGAAACCGUGGUCCUGCUUGUUCUUACACCUCUCAACUUCCACCCAGAUACCUCUGUUCGUAGUCUCUAGGAGAGUAACCAGGGAGCCCCGUCUUCCCCCAAAAGGACCCUUCCUUCCUGGUCUUGUUGAUGCCGUUUCCUCCUAUUCUUGGUGCUGAUAGCUCUCUGAAGGUGGGGUACUCCCCUACUCCCCUCUCUGUCUGAGGAGUCUCAGCCAGCAGCAGGCCCUUUUGCCUGUUCCCCCAGCCCCAUCCUUCACUGCCUCAAUGAGGUACUCAUACCACUGUCCUGGCACCACUGGGAUGCGUCAGGAAUGCCUUUCAGUGGCCCACUGCUGCUUUUCUGUCACUGGUGUCACCCUACAGUGUCAGGCUAGAGCCAGGUAAAGGCCUUCAAAGAGGAUACAGGUUUAGAACGUGAACUGGUCCUGAUCUCUGGGUCAUGUUCUUCCAAGGAAGCAAACCAAACCCUCACCUAGGAAGACACACUUGCCACUUCCCCAUUGGCACCCCUGAGUUCUGCCUUAGGAGGCAAGGCAGAGAGCGCGCCUUUGUGCAGUCGCUCCUGACCUCAGAGUCUGUUCCCCUCACUCCCUGCCUGACUCAGGCUGGCUGUCCUGGCAAGUCUCCCCAGGACAGUCACUUCUUACCCAGACUCUUGGCUUGUGCAGUAGCUGGGUCAUAGAGGGUCCUUCUUGCCUGGUCUGCCCUCUGUUGGGCACCCUGUGCUGUCUUAGCCCUGCCAGCCUUGCCUUGGAGAAGGCCUCGCAGCUUUACACUGGACUAGCUCUACCUUUGUCUGGCCUGCUAGCUUC